AUGCAUGACAAGAUUGACCUAGAGACACAUGCAUCCAAACGUCCAAAAACCAACAAAGCAUCCAAACGUCCAAAAACCAACAAAGCAUCCAAACGUCCAAAAACCAACAAAGCAUCCAAACGUCCAAAAAUCAACAAAGCAUCCAAACGUCCAAAAACCAACAAAGCAUCCAAACGUCCAAAAACCAACAAAGCAUCCAAACGUCCAAAAACCAACAAAGCAUCCAAACGUCCAAAAACCAACAAAGCAUCCAAACGUCCAAAAACCAACAAAGCAUCCAAACGUCCAAAAACCAACAAAGCAUCCAAACCAUCCAAACGUCCAAAAACCAACAAAGCAUCCAAACGUCCAAAAACCAACAAAGCAUCCAAACGUCCAAAAACCAACAAAGCAUCCAAACGUCCAAAAAUCAACAAAGCAUCCAAACGUCCAAAAACCAACAAAGCAUCCAAACGUCCAAAAACCAACAAAGCAUCCAAACGUCCAAAAACCAACAAAGCAUCCAAACGUCCAAAAACCAACAAAGCAUCCAAACGUCCAAAAACCAACAAAGCAUCCAAACGUCCAAAAACCAACAAAGCAUCCAAACACUGGCUGCUGUCCAAUGCCAUGGAGCCGAGUCUGCCCUUGGGCAACAGGGUUUGCGUAGCCAUUUGA